CUAUGGAGUAAUUUUCAUUGGCGGCAUCUCUUAGCGACGCGUGCGCCGUGCAUGGAACGUACCAUAAUAUAGGCACGUAAGUUGGUUGAUACUUCGACGAGUUGUCUUUCAUCAAGAGAGAAACAAAAAUGUGAAUAAAUACUUGCUACUAUCGAAUAGUCAAUUUCGGACAUCAGUCUGCACCCGUGAGUAACAAAAGCGAAUAAAUAUAGCCUAGCAUGGCCUCAGCAUCUAGUACAAGUGCUCGAAGCCUGUUCGUUGAUUCCAAAAUGAGGUUAGCUGAUCGAGUGCAAGUUAACGUCAAUAACAUAGCUUCGUUAGCGAGGCAAAUACAACGAGGAUCACGCAGUAGCGAGAUUUUAAUGCAAUCUAUGAAGAACUUUACUCCACAAGAACAUACAUUGGAGAAUUCGGACACAUAUUUGAGAAAGGUUCUCCUCAUGACUGCUCACUACGAAUAUCAACUAGAUGCUAUUGAGAAGAGUUGCAUAAAGCUAGAAGAAGUCACUGAACAAGCACGUGCCAUGCAAAGAUGAAGUAUUUCACCAAGGAAUUCAAGCGUUCUUAAUUUAGAACUCAUUAUAAUCUAUAGGUAGAGGGGAUAUUUCAUCAUUACAGCUAUAUAACUACUCUCUGGAGCAAAUUCAUAGCUCAAUCUAGCUAUAAUGUUCACAAAAAUGUGGCCACAUUCUGAACUGGUCAUUUGGAUGUGGAAUUACCAACUAAGUAAUAAAAAAACUUGAGAAUAAGA